ACUGAUAAAAAAAAGAGAAGAGAAAUAGAUGAAGAAGAAGUGAUAGAGUAGAGGAGAGGAGAGAAUCUGCAAGAAACGAAACUAGUGUUGCAAUGGCUGGUGUUCCGCAAUCAGAGGUUUCCGCCAACAAACCAAUUUCCAACAUCGUCAUCGUCAUUGCUAUGCAGACGGAGGCUCAACCUGUUGUCAAUAAAUUUCACCUCAUCGAAGAUCCUCACUCUCCGUUUCCACAAGGUGUUCCUUGGGUUCGUUAUCAUGGGAAAUACAAAGAUCUUAAUCUAAACUUGAUUUGGCCGGGAAAAGAUCCAAAUUCUGGGGUUGAUAGUGUGGGUACAAUAUCAUCUGCUCUUGUAACAUACGCUGCUAUUCAAGCAUUGCAGCCUGACUUGAUCAUAAAUGCAGGCACUGCUGGUGGCUUCAAGGCCAGAGGAGCUAGUGUUGGUGAUGUUUUCAUUAUAUCAGAUUGUGCUUUUCAUGACAGAAGAAUACCUAUUCCUGUUUUUGAUCUGUAUGGAGUUGGUUCACGUAAAGCUUUUGAAACACCCAACCUUGUUAAGGAACUUAAUCUAAAGGAAGGUAAAUUGUCUACUGGUGACUCUUUAGAUAUGACACAGCAGGAUGAAUCAUCAAUCACAGCAAAUGAUGCAACUGUUAAAGAUAUGGAGGGAGCAGCUGUUGCUUAUGUUGCUGACCUACUGAAAGUUCCUGCAAUAUUUGUGAAAGCUGUGACUGAUAUCAUUGACGGUGACAAACCAACUGCUGAAGAAUUCCUGCAGAAUUUAGCAUCUGUAACUACCGCACUUGAUCUGGCUGUCGAACAGGUCAUAAAUUUUAUUAAUGGGAAGACUGUAUCUCAGCUUUGACAACCUAGUUCCAUCUUUCCAAGUUUUGUUAUAUGCAAUGCUUUACAAUUGUACACUAUCACGAUUGAUUGAAAAUUUGUGAUAUAAGUGAAAAUAGAAACUUGUAAACGGAGGAUAUUACAGCUCCUACCUCGUAUCUUUUCUGGUCUUGCAGGUUCUCUGUAUAAGUAAUUUGGCCAAUAUUGUAUUUGUGUCAUUCAUUGUAAACAUGUAUAAUGACCUCCUAAUUUAUAUCUCCAAUUAUGUCUAUUGUUGCAA